AUGUCGCGAGCAAAUCAGUGGUUUGUCCUUGGCGAUGGCAUCGCAAGAGAAGUCAUUACCGCCGACAUCCAGCGCUACCUCGGCCCGGAUGCGCUUGUCAGGCCGGGUACGGGAACCGGCGAAUACCAGGGCCAGCCGGGCUACUGGAUCACCGCAUACCGAACCCUCACAUCGCAAAUGAUUCAGGAUCUGAAGAUGGAUUCGCAGCGUUGGCAUCAGGAGCGGCAACCAGGCGAAGGACGCGGAGGUAGUCACAGUCCUUACCUUCGAGAUACCAAGGUAUCAAGAGGCCCUGACGCUGUGUUAGCUUACCAAGAUUCGCGUACCCACGCUGCGCGCCAGCACUGGGGUCCCUCCAAACCCGUGGAGCAUCCCUCGGCAGUGGACCCUUAUGAUCGUCAGCCUGCUCCCAGGGCAUCCUCGGGAUACACAACUUCGUCGGCAUAUGCGCCAAGCGAAGGACACUACACAACCGCUCCAGCCGGCUAUGGAAGUUCCCAACCAGGUUACCAGGCUGCUCCGUCCCAGGCUGCUCCAAGGACACAGCCAGCGGAUCCAUACUCUGGCUACUCGCAGCGUGAUCCAGGAUAUCAGUCUCAGGCCUACGCUUCUUACCCAUCACAGUCACCAACAGAUGCCUACAGCCGAACCACUGCAGCCCCAACCGCUUAUGCUACCCCAAGUGCCACUCCUGCUCCAGGUUACUACAUCGCUUCUGAUGGUCGCCAAUACCCUCUAUCGCAGCAGCCGCAACCAUCUUCCCGCAGUUCACAACCUGGGUACCGGAAACACUAG